AAAAAAUCAGAUAAAACUUCCAUAUUUAGGGGAAUGACAUUGGCCCUAUUGAAUUGGGGAUUAGGCUUUAGCCAGCUGCUCUUAACCGGAGGGAUUCCUGAUUCUUUUUAUUUGCGAAAUUUGCGAUUGAGUGUAUCACCAUACCAUUUUUGAAGACACCGAGGUCCUUCAAUGGCGGGAAGAGAAGUUCGGGAGUACACAAACCUAACAGACCCUAAAGAUAAAAAAUGGGGCAAAGGUAAAGAUAGAACCGACGAUGAAGACAUUACUUUCCAACGCAUGGUUGCUAAGAUGCAAGAAGUUGCUGGAGAACGUGGAGGCUACCUUCAUGGAAGAGGCGCAUUGGACAGUGACGACCUUCUUUAUCUAAAGGAGCAGAUGGAAGCUGAGGAAGAUGCGGAGCGCCUUUUACGUCGUACUGAGAAAAGAGCAUUUCAAGCUUUCAAGAGAGCUGCAACUUUGGCAGAUUCAUCACCUGCACCUGCUCCCUUGUCUCUUCGAGUUGAGCCCAAGCCAAAAAGUGGAAUAAGACAGCAAGACCUGCUAAAGAAGGUAGUAGAGAUAAAACCGAAGCGACCAAAACUCUCAAGCCCAUCUGGCGAUAAUCAGUCAAGAACCGAGGUAACUGAAAUUGCAUCAUCAAACCACAAGGUUGAAGAUCUAAAUAAAAAAGAAGGGGGUUCUCAAAUAAUACGAGAAAAGGGAGAUGAAAGUGUGAAAUCCUUACUAGGAUUAGCUUAUGAAAGUUCUGAUAGUGAAGAUUAACAUGCUUAACUUUGGAUAUUAUUAUCCUAUCAAUCGUUCGCAAUGUUUUGUUUCUAAUGUUUAAAGUACUGGGUAUAUCGGAAUUUCGAGCAUAAGGGCUACUGAUUUUUCUUGUUCAUAUGAAGUAUCACUAUGAGUUGAUUGUUCUGAAAGGUGAAACAUCUGCCUGCUCUACUCUUGUGGACACCCAUUUCAAAGGCAAAUUCUAGGUUCUCGUCCUUGGGUGAUCCGCUGAUUGCUCGUUUUUUUAGUUCGUUACCUUCUCUCGAGUAAUGGUUCAGACGAAUUUGUAUCCAAGUUUGCGAUUUUUUUUUGUGUUCGUAGUAGAUAAUUAUUGAUUUUGGAUUUUUGGCUAUAUAUGUGUUUGAAAAUAAUUCAAGUCUUUUGUUGUGAAUUGGAAAGUGAUAGUAGUUGGUAGCUGAUUCAGUUGACUUGUUAAAUUAGUUGGUAUAAUUUAUUAUCUUUUUAUUGUUCAGGC